AUGGCUCAUUUCCUCAUGAUCCUCAUUCUAACAUCAACACUCUUCCUCUCUUCAUUUUCAUCUCAAAACACACAUCAUACUAUACCCAUUGGAUCCUCAAUCACUGCAGACCAAAACUCCAAGCCAUGGCUUUCCCCUUCUGGAGACUUCGCCUUCGGCUUCCAACAACUCCCCGGCAACAAAACCGAUCUCUACGUGCUCUCAAUAUGGUUCGCUAAACUCCUCGACCGAACCGUAGCUUGGUUCGACCGACAGCUAGCGCCACAUGGCGCCACCCUAACCCUCGACGCCAUCAACGGCCUCGUGCUACUUGAUCAUCAUGGCAAGCCACUCUAUUACUACACCAAGAAUCUUGCCGGCCGACCGGCUUAUGCUUCCAUGACAGAUGCCGGAAAUUUCGUCGUGUGGGGAAAUGACUCAAAUACCCCUCUGUGGGAGAGCUUCACGAAUCCAGCCGACACGCUGCUCCCGACCCAGUCGAUCGCGAUCAACGGCAGCUCGCUGGUUUCUCGAAAAUCGAGAGCCGAUUUUUCGUAUGGUAGAUUCUACGCCGCAAUGAAUGCCCAAGGAAAUUUCGCACUCAGCACAAAAAGCGUGUUCACGAGUUCAGAUUUCGACGCCGAGUACUACAACAGCAACCCGAUCUCGGGCGACCGUUUGGUGCUCGACGGGAGUUCGCUUUCCAUUCAUUCUCUUGGCGGCAUAAACGGAAAGAGUAAUGUUAUUAUUCCCGGCCCGAAUCUUCUCCCUUCCGAGUACUAUUUUCGGGCUGUGCUCGAUUUCGACGGCGUUUUCGCACUCUAUUACCAUCCGAGAAAAAUCAAUAACAAUUCGGAGUGGGUGUAUGUGGGUAGCUUGCCCGAUCAUAACAUAUGUAUCGAUAUCGGUGGGGAUACGGGGAGUGGGGCCUGCGGGUAUAACAGCGUGUGCAGCCUCGAGAACUGGAGGCCUGUCUGCAGCUGCCCAAGAGGGUUCACGCUGGUCGACCCGAAUAACCGAUAUGGAGGUUGCAAGCCGGAAUUUUCGGGGAAUAGGUGUAGUCAGGGCGGCCCGGAGGAUUACGAGCUGGUGGAGAUUCCAGAUGUGGACUGGCCGAAAAACGACUACGAACAGAUAAAUCCGAGCACGGUGGGGCAGUGCAGGGAUGCUUGUAUGAGUGACGAGUUUUGCGGGGCCGCCAUUUUCAGGAGCCUCAGCUGCUGGAAAAAGCGGCUGCCUUUGUCGAACGGGAAACUCGACACGGGAUUGGGUUCUGUUGCAUUUCUCAAAGUUAGAAAGGGUUCGGUAAAUCAGUUGGACUGA